UAUUCAAAAUGAUUAAUUGAAGUACAUAUUAAUUAAGUGUAUACAUUUGAUAUGUAUAUUUAAAAGAACAUUAUCGUCGGAUCAUAUCUAAUGACAAGCUUUCAUUCAUUCUAUGCGUAUCGGUUGCUGGUUACGAUUGGUUCAGUACACUCUGUUACCCAAAUUAAUGCACAUGCGCCCGAGAGCUCAUUUGAUUUCAACAUGACCAUUCGUUUAACUUCUCAACAGCAAAAUGUUGAAGAUCCAGUUGAAAAAAUGUUAGAAAAAACUGGCUGUAUGGAACUUCAUUAUCAAGUUCAAGAGUGUAUAGCAGAAACUCAAGAUUGGAGGAAGUGUCAACAGCAAGUAAAAAGAUUUAAAAUAUGCAUGGAUAAAUAUCAAAGAGAAAGAGAAAAGUCAUACGCAUCUUAGUAAAUAUGUCUGUGAUAAUAAAUUUUAUAAAACGUAUAUUCAUUUAUCCUGUAAAGUAUUCUGCGAAUGAACAUUUUAAAAUGGUACUUGUUGUGAGGUCAGAUAUAGUUAUGGGAAAAGGUAAAAUUGCGGCGCAAUGUGCUCAUGCUGCAGUAGAAUGUUAUCGUCAAGCAUCGUGUAAUACAAAAUAUGAACACGUGUUUAAUUCUUGGUUAUUACAAGGUCAACCAAAAGUUGUUCUAAAAAUAUGUAACGAAGGAGAAUUAAUGUCGUUAGCUCGCAGUGCUCGUAAAGCUGGUCUUAUUAUUUCUAUAAUACAAGAUGCGGGUAAAACACAAUUAUUGCCUGGCACAGUUUCUACGCUUGGAAUUGGACCAGGUCCAAAACAAGCCAUAGAUGAGCUAACCUCGAGUUUAAAACUCUUGUAAGCUUUGAUACCAGUAAUUUUAUCUGAUAAAAAAAUGUCCUUUCUAUUCAAUAUUUUUAAAGAACGAAUUAAUCCGUAAUACUUAAAUAAAUUAGUAUUUUAUUAGAAACAUCACAAUUUAUGUUUAUUGAUGCUUUAUUAUGUUGAUUGAUCCUUUCUUUAUUUUUUCACUGACACCGUACAUACAAUACCAAGAAAACGUGUUUUUAAAAUAUUAAUUCUUCAAUUUUAUGUAUUAAAACAUAUAAUAUUGCUUUACUUUAAAAAACGUGUUGGUAUUUUUUUCCAUUUUGCGAUGUAACAUUCAUAAAAUGAACAAUUCGUUUACAAUAAUGAUUUCCAUUUUCGUUAGCAUAAGCAUAAAUUUUCAUAAAUAAGUUUUAAAAAAUACACCUAUAACACUUUUUUGUAUGAUCAAGUAUAUUAUCUAUGUAUUACUAUACACAUUAACAUCAUGUGAGAAACACUGUAUCAAAAUUGAGACUUAUAUUUGCCCAGCUUAUAAAGCUUUAGCUUCUACUUCAAUAUUUAAUUUAUCGUAUGGUUGCACGGAAUUAUGAAAAAUAUCUACAGCAACGUAAAUCAACAGUAACAAGGUAAGUUUUGCAAAAAAUAUUGCUACUCUAUAUACUUUGAACAUUAAAAUAUUAAUAUAUAUGUAUAUUAAUUUUAA